AUGCAGGUCGGAUUCCGCCCUCGCCUUCGGGCGCGGCCGUCGCUGGUCGAGUUGCUGGUCCGGGGAAGACAAGGCAACGACGGGUCACCGCCAGUGUCACCUUCCAACCCGCCAGCUGACAGGGUGACUGGCACUGGCGCUGGCAUCUCGGGCAUCUACUUGCAGAUUCCUGGCAGCGCUGCAGACGCCAUUGAUAGUAGUGGCGGAGGCGGCGGUGGUGGUGGUCCUUCAGCGACAGAAGGCUCAGAAGCAGGCACGGGCCCCGGCCAUACAUCAUCGCCCCCACUUUCCCAUGCACCAGAAGGGGCAGCACCAUCGCCCACCCGUACCGUUUCCAGCUGGAGCACCACAGGUCCCAUACAAGACCGGGACGAGGUACAUCCAGGACGUGCACAGGAGCCGCAGCCGCAUCCACAGCCGAGCAGCCAAGUCACAGUGGACGUCGAAGCUCUGGAAAUAGCUUCUGCUCAACCUCUACCAUCCUCUCUUCCAACAACACCUCGACUCGCUCCAUCCAACCCGCCCUCCCCCUCAACAGCGGACCCUUUUUCACCUUCCACCGACCUUUCUCCUGUGACGACGCUGCACAAGCCGAGCCCUGCUCGCGUCGAAACGCCCAUCAUGCCUCCUAAACAGAAGAAAGACACCAAGGUCGAGAAGGAAGAUCUCGGAAGCGGCAAGAUCUUCUCCGUCUCAGGACCCGUCAUCGUCGCCGAGGACAUGAUUGGUGUUGCUAUGUACGAGUUGGUUAGAGUUAGUCACGAUAACCUAGUUGGCGAAGUCAUUCGAAUCAAUGGCGAUCAAGCGACCAUUCAGGUCUACGAGGAGACUGGCGACAUGCAGCUGACGGAAUGCGCAGCCGGCGUCACGGUCGGUGACCCCGUCUACCGCACCGGAAAGCCGUUGUCGGUCGAGCUUGGCCCUGGCCUGCUCAACGGCAUCUACGACGGUAUUCAGAGACCCCUCGAGAAGAUCAGCGAAAUCUCCAAGACCAUUUAUAUCCCCCGUGGCAUCGCCGUCCCCGCCCUCGACCGCACGAAGAAGUGGGAUUUCGAGCCCACCGCCAAGGUUGGCGACCACAUCUCCGGCGGUGACGUCUGGGGUACUGUCAACGAGAACUCGUUCAUUUCCGUCCACCGAAUUCUGCUCCCGCCCCGUGCUCGCGGUACCAUCACCAAGAUCGCCAGCAAGGGCCAAUACACAGUCGCGGAGCCCCUCCUCGAGGUCGAGUUCGAGGGCAAGAAGACGGAAUACCCCAUGAUGCAGACCUGGCCUGUGCGAGUUCCCCGCCCGACCACCGAGAAGCUCCAGGCAAACGAGCCCUUCGUUGUCGGCCAGAGAGUUUUGGACGCCCUGUUCCCCAGUGUCCAGGGCGGUACCGUUGCCAUUCCUGGUGCUUUCGGCUGCGGAAAGACUGUCAUUAGUCAGUCUGUGUCCAAGUUUUCCAACAGCGACGUCAUCGUCUACGUCGGUUGUGGUGAGCGCGGAAACGAGAUGGCCGAAGUCUUGAAGGAUUUCCCCGAGCUCACCAUCGAGGUCGAUGGUCGCAAGGAGCCCAUCAUGAAGCGCACCACCCUCAUCGCCAACACCUCCAACAUGCCCGUCGCUGCCCGCGAGGCCUCCAUCUACACCGGUAUCACUGUAGCUGAAUAUUUUCGUGACCAGGGACUGGAUGUUGCCAUGAUGGCCGACUCGUCGUCGCGUUGGGCCGAGGCUCUCCGUGAAAUUUCCGGUCGUUUGGGAGAGAUGCCUGCUGACCAAGGUUUCCCCGCCUACCUCGGUGCCAAGCUCGCCAGUUUCUACGAGCGUGCCGGCCGCGUCAAGUCUCUCGGCUCGCCCGAGCGGAUGGGCAGUGUCAGCAUUGUCGGUGCUGUCAGCCCCCCCGGUGGUGAUUUCUCCGAUCCCGUCACCACCUCCACCCUCGGUAUCGUGCAGGUCUUCUGGGGUCUCGACAAGAAGCUCGCCCAGCGCAAGCACUUCCCCUCCAUCAACACCUCGCUCAGUUACAGCAAGUACACCAUGGUCCUCGACAAGUGGUACGAGAAGGACUACCCCGACUUCCCCCGGUUGCGCGACCGCAUCAAGCAGCUCCUGUCCGACUCUGAAGAGCUCGACCAGGUCGUGCAGCUGGUCGGAAAGAGUGCGCUGUCUGACCCCGACAAAAUCACCUUGGACAUCGCCGCGCUGCUGAAGGAGGAUUUCCUGCAGCAGAACGGUUACUCGGACUACGACCAAUUCUGCCCCCUGUGGAAGACCGAGUGGAUGAUGAAGCUCAUGGUCGGCUUCCACGACGAGGCACAAAAGGCCGUUGCUCAGGGCCAGAGCUGGGCCAAGGUUCGCGAGGCUACCGGAGACCUGCAGGCCAAGCUGCGUCAACUCAAGUUCGAGGUUCCCGAUGAUGGCCAGGACGUUAUCACCAAGAAGUACGAGGAUAUCCAGCAGGAGAUGCUGGACAAGUUUGCCUCCGUUGUUGACGAGUAA